GCUUAGGACGUAGACACAAGGUAGCUCUCUAAGUUUUAAAAAAGGCAGAACAUAUGCACCAUGCCCACCAGCUGUGAGAUCAAGUUUGACGAAAACCCCUACGGUGUAUACUUUCCCGGUCAAACGUUAUCCGGAAGUGUGGAAUUGCGACUAGCGGAGGUUGCGGAAGUGAAAGGUGUCGCCCUACGAAUUAACGGUGUAGCUGAGGUUCGAUGGACCGAAACGCACGGCGCCGGUAAGAACCGACGCACCGUGACCUACCGUGGGCGCCAAGAUUACAUGCACUCCACUACCUACUUGGCGGGAUCCAAAGAGGGAAACUUCAUCGAGCUACUACCAGGAAUUCACACCUAUCGUUUCUCGUGCGCUCUACCUACCAAUCUUGUGACGUCCCUGGAAGCCGAACACGGUCAUAUACGGUACACUGUGAAGGUCAUACUGGAACGAUCAUGGAAACGAGAUCAAUCCUAUAAGGUGGCCUUCACAGUCCUACGGCAUGUUGAUCUGAACCAAGAGUACGACAUUCGGCUACCGCUUAAAAUGGACAAAGCAAAAACAUUCCUUUGCGGGCCGUGCAGUUCUAAACCGAUGCACAUAUCGGCACAGGUUCCGAUCACCGGAUUUGUUCCCGGACAAACGAUAGCGGUCAAAAUCGAUGUUGAUAAUCAGAGUUCAAAGAACCUCGAUGCGAUCGCCACCAUGCUGGUACGAACUGUUUCGUUCAUAAGUCAAACACCGUACAUGAAAAUAAGAGAAAUAUCAUCCAUCGUAGCUGAGACCCGCUGCGCUGGUGUGAAACGACAGAACCAGGGAAGUUUCGUGCAACAUCUUCUAGUACCGCCACUUCCACCAACUAGUAGAACUUGUCAGGUCUUGACCGUCACCUACAGUGUCUUGGUUGAAGGCAAAAUAUCUGGUCCUGCCAUUAAUCCAAAAAUACAGCUUCCAAUUACCUUGGGUACUGUUCCACUUUCUAUGAGUGCUGUUCCUGGGUUUGGUGAUACAAUCAACGUAGUGAUGAUGCAACCUUCUGCGGGUAGCUCCACGGCUGACGCAUCAAUUUGCCCAAAUUUUCCGUCAGAAUUGCCACCACCGACGUACGAAGAAGUUGUCAACGCCGGUCGGACCAAUAUUCAGGACGAAGAUGAAACCAACGAAAUUGGUUGGCGAGACUUUAGCCCCCGGUAUAUGGUUUACAGGUUCAACAGCGAUGCAACCGCACCGCAAGAAGAAACGCCAGUUUCAAUCGAUGCGAAUAAACUCGAGGUGAAACCGUCCCCAGAGAAGUGACGUUUAACAAA